CUCGACCACAUCGUUCGGCCACAAUCACAACAAUUAAUACACCCCACGAAACAAUUCGACGUCUUGCCAGAAAUAGGCAAAAUGCCCAAGUACGCCAAAGAUCAGCCCGCCGGCUUCAAAAACGCCAUCGAGAGAGUCGCCAUUGUUGGGGCUGGAGGCACCAUUGGAUCGCACAUUGCCGCCGCCCUCCUCAAGACCGGAAGACACGCAGUCACGGCCCUUUCCCGCAAAGACAGCCCUAACAAACUCCCCGAGGGCGUCAUAGUCGCCCCAGUCAACUACGACGACGAGGCUACCAUUGUCGCCGCCCUUAAGGAUCAGCAAUUUCUUAUCAUAACCAUGGCCCCUACCGCGCCGCGGGACACCCACAGCAAGCUCGUCCAGGCGGCCGCCAAGGCUGGUGUUCCUUACGUUAUCCCUAACGGGUACGCCGGUGACAUUGACAACAUUAAACUCGGUGAGGAGACGAUGUUAGGCCCCAUUGCCAAAGCCAACAGGGACGAGAUCGAGAGGCUUGGCAUGCAGUGGAUUACUGUGUGCUGUGGGUUUUGGUACGAGUAUAGCUUGGCGGGCGGCGAGGCACGCUUUGGGUUCGACUUUGACAAGCGUUCUCUGACAAUCUAUGACGAUGGCAACACCAAGAACUCGACGUCGACAUUGUCGCAGGUUGGGCGCGCCGUGGCCAAGGUCCUGAGCCUCAAUGAACUUCCCUAUGACGAAAAUGACCAGACCCUUACCCUGUCGACGUUCCUCAACAAGGGCGUGUACAUUAAGAGCUUUGUGGUCAGCCAAAACGACAUAUUUGAGAGCGUCAAGCGUGUCACCAGAACCACUGACGCCGAAUGGACGAUUACUCACGAGGCCACCAAGAAGCGAUACGAGGAUGGUCUAGCGCAAGUUCGAGGUGGUAAUAUGGCUGGUUUCAGCAAGAUGCUGUACGCAAGGGCAUUUUACCCGAAUGAACCGAAUGAAUUGUCGAUCAAGGCGCAGAAUGAGGUGCUUGGAUUGCCAGAUGAGAGCCUGGACGAGUCGACAAAGGCUGGAAUAGAUAUGGUCAAGGAGCUGCAGGGUCGUGCUGAACGUAUGGCAGCCUAGAAAACAGGUUUGUUUAUAUUCACGCGGUCUUAUUGUAACUGAGUGGCCAUAUUGCGUAAUAGUCAUUGGCCCAUACGACAAUAUUAAGCCAUUAUGAGAAGUACCACAUCUC